AUGUCAAACAACAACAACAAUUCAGAAUGCAAGUGCUCUAAAUGUUCUUCCAAUAGCAUGGGAUUUGUUUUGGUGUCUACCCAAACACUCAGAAGACAUGCACAACAGGAUAUCGUGAGACAAUAUCAGUCAGGAUCUUCUUCCUCAGUUAUAGAAGUAAUGUCGAAUGACAAUGACAUGGAGAUUGACUUUGAAUACAAUGUUGAUGCCGAAGAUCAAGUUGAAGAUAUGCAUACUGAAGACUUACCUCUUUUUGGCAUUGAUUCAUUGUUUGAUUCUGAAAGCGAAGAUGAGGGUGUCAUUGAAGCAACCAUUUUGGAUAUUUCUGACGAUGAAUCUGAUGAUGUUAGAGAGCACUUUUCUUCAUCCAAUAUGCCAGUCAAUCCUACUCAUGCUUUCAUUGCUUCUUUUGCUGCCUUCUUCAUAUCCAAAUAUGUUGUCAAUUCUGGUGGUGCUGUUCUGUUAAAGUUUCUUAACGAAGUAUUGGCACACUUUGGACAGUCUUUCCAUCUUCCCCUCAGUAUAAACGGUGUCAACUCUAUGACCAGUCUCAGCGACGUGACUCGAGGUGUCCAGCGGUUUGUUGCAUGUGGCGAUUGUAACAAAGUAUACGAAGAGUCCGAUGUUGUUCCAGAGUGCUGUAAUUUCGAGAGACUCUCUGGUAGAGAAUGUGGAAACGCUCUUUUCUUUGCAACAUCAAGAGCCUUGACUAUCCCCAAAAAGAUCUACAUGUAUAACUCCAUAAUCAAAACAUUGUCUAUCCUUUUUUGCCGCCCUGGAUUCGAAGACACCAUCAACCAUUGGAUAAUCAGAUGCACUGUCAUCAAUCUGAUGCACAACCUGUACCUUGGAACAGCAAAGAGGAUAAUGAAGAAAUGGAGAUCUUCAGGUCUCAUCACAGAUGCACACUUGGCCGAAAUGCAGUUGGAUGCUGACAAGCUUGUACUGCCAGAGGACUACACGCCAUUAGGGACAAAGAUCGGGCGUGGCUUCCCAUUCAUGAAGGCCGACGAGUGGAAGUCUUGGUGCUUGGUGUACUCUCCUGUUCUCCUGCGUGGUCGUCUACCUGAAGCUCAUCUCAGUAACUGGACAACGUUUGUCAAUGCAUGUCAGUACCUCUCAAUGCCAAGCAUAUCCAUGGCUCACCUUGAUGAAGCCCAUCAAUCUUUGGGGGCUUUCUGCAGAGAGUGCGAGAAGUUGUAUAAAGCCCCAUUCCUUUCGCCAAACAUGCAUCUCCAUCUUCAUCUGCGAGAGACUGUACUGAACUUUGGCCCGGUUUAUGGCUAUUGGCUUUUUAGUUUCGAAAGAUGCAAUGGUAUCUUGAAAAACUAUGCGACAAAUAGAAAAGAUGGGUUUGAGGGAACCUAUAUGAAGAAGUAUCUUGAAGAAGCAUACCAGGGAGAUCUUAUUUGCCAAACUUUGCCAAUAAUUCGACCUGAGCAUUCGGCGAUCAUCCUUGAGCUCACUGCAUCCACUGCCAAUUCCAUAGCCACUUUCACUUCCACUGCCACCUCAAUCCAAUUCGAUAUCAAUGCUUUUCUUGAUUCUCCUGAGAUCAACUUUGAUAUCGUCAAGGGAAACGAGCCUUUGCCCCCUUCCGCACUUCCUUUAGCUCUAAAGGGGGAGAUUUCCAUGGAUGAAUCCAAGUAUGAGCAUUUGUUGGAAUACUAUUGCAAGACAUACGAUGAUCAAACUCUUGUUCAUUAUCGUCAGGCUGGUCAUUCCAAUAAUUUUAGCAAAACGAAGAAUCAGCGUGGAUCGUUCAUGCAAACCUUGUUUGAGACAAGUGAUGGUAGAAGUACCAAGCCAUACGCGGGCCAAAUUCAGUACCUCUUUGUCAAUACUACUGUAAACUCAUUUGCUGGUCAUGCGAGCCAGCAUGUAUUUGCAUAUGUACAAUGGUACAAGGAAGUUUUACUUCAGCCCAGAGCAGGAGAAGGAGUUGAGGUGAAUAAGGUGGGGUUCGAAGAUGACAGCAUGAACAGCAUUCUCCCAGUGCAUAGAAUCUGCUAUCCAGUUGCAGUAGGCGAGCACCUUGAUCUAGAAGGCGAAGUUCAGAUGUGUAUAGUUCCUUUGCCGCGAAAAAUAUAUAUUUAG